UCGUUGCUUUAAUCAAUCCUGCGAUCAACUCCACGAACCGUCACUGUUACUGAGGCGUCGACACGUCGAAUUUUGAUCACAUCCGAUGCUUUCCAAGAUUCGUGACUAUCUGGGACACCCAUACUACUUCGACGCUAGAUUGAAAAAAUUUACAAACAAGGAAAUAUGGCUUAUGUAAUAUACUGACAGGGGAAUAUUGUCAUGUUUGACCCCUAUUUUCUUGUGCUAUCCUCGCAUUCCCCUUUCCCUUGCCACAUCAAUAUCAAUGGCUACCGAUUCCAAGGUCCUCGACGACAGCAGUUCCACUGCUACCGCACCCCCCUCGUAUGACACGAUCUCAGCAAGUCCUAUUCAAUACAAUCAAUCAUCCAUAUUUUCUUCUCGUCGCAUGAAGCAAAAACGUGCCGCUGUUCUAUCCCGCAUCCGUGAUAUAGUCCUAGCCCCCGAUUACACCCCUUCUUCAGUGGUCCCAAAUCUCAAUGCCUGCGCUGAUGUUCUCCCAGCUGCAGAGCUCUUUGAUAUCCUGCAAAAACUCAAUAUCGAGGGCCACACAGCGCUGUAUUGGGCAAUUGUGAAUAAUCGGCUAGAAGCUUUUUGGGCAUUUCUCAAGUUCAUUCCCACUUAUGCGCCUGUUGGCCAGUCUGAAGUGCGCAUCGCGUGCAUGAUGACCAACGACCACGCACUGUUUACGAAGCUGGACCUUGGAAAAUACAUCGAAAUCUCGCGUUUGAGAUGCUCUUUAGGUUGCCCGCCAGAUAAGAUUCAGGUACAUGCAUGCGAUGAACCCUUGAACCAGUUCAACGUUGUUUUACGAAUCGGGAUGUUCCAAAAACGCCUGCGCACACAAUGUUUGUGCUUUCAAUUUGUUGCAGGGGGACGUAUAUGCUGGCUGCGCUUCCGGAUGCAACAACCUACUAGCGAAAUGUGGCACGCCGAGAUUGGCCUUUCACGGUACAGCCCUUCAGCGCGUCUAAACGCUGUACUUGUGAUCGAGGCGCACAGCCGGAAACCUGGCUGUGCAACUCCACCUGAAGCGCUGAAAAUACCAUUGUCAUUGACAGACACAAAGUUUGUGGCCCUUGCAUCUUGGCUAUCGCCCGAGGGCAUUAGCCGUGAGGCUCCUCCCAAAAUGACUUGCUGCAUCUCGAAUGAGUUGGGUGAUUGGGUGAUGCACGCGUAAGUCUCCUCC